GGAGGUGUUCUGAUCACGUGAUCGCGCCACCAGGAAGUAGCUUCGGUUCAUGUCGGGUCCGUCCGGGCAGCGGGACAACAAAGUCGUCUUACUCUGCAGAGGCCGAAUGACACCCGCGGAUUAAACCAGGUCCUCACAUCGUGUGUUUCUGAAUAAACAGCGGCAGAAAUUCCCGUUUAGCUCACGGAAAUGGGCCCCGGUUAAAUGUAGAAUAUUCUAGAAACACCGCGGACUGCGGGGGUUUCCAGUCCGGCCAAGGUGCGAAGCGGCCCGUGGCCGUGAAGCCAAGCAGCAACCGGACGAGGAGCAACGAAGGCGUCCGCUAUUGUGUGUCCAGCGGAGUUAUUACCCUAUCCCAUCUCUUUGCUUCCUGAUUCAAUUCUGGGAGAGGUCACACCAGUAUCAUCGCCAAGAUAGCCGGCCCAGGCAGGAAGAGGCACACCUCAGAUCCAGACCCCAGCAGUGGUAGUGAUUCCAGCGACGGGCGGCCGGUGAGUGCCAAGUGCCAGAAGAUGGCCAGCAGUGGAGGAGGUGGGGAUGGCCAUCGUGUUGGGGCUCAGCAGAGAGGAGGCAGCGGCUCGGACGUGUCCUCCAGCAAGAAGAAGCAGAAGGACAGGGCCAACCAGGAGAGCAGAGAGGCCAAAAGAGCGGCGGCGGACGGAGUUCUUGCAGAGGUCAAAAAAGACGUGUUCGUAGACUGGAAGCAGAACGAUAACGAGGUGACGGUGAGGCUGCGCUGCGGAGACGGCGUGCAGAGAGUCAACGACAUCAACACCAAUUUCACCGACACCAACUGUAAUGUUUCUUUCCCCGACGGACGUGAGUGGAGCUGCCAGCUGCAGGAGGAAAUCGAGGCCUCGUGCAGCAGAGUCCAGUACAAGGAGAAGGGGGGUUUCCUGCACCUCAUCAUGCACAAGAAGAUCCCUUUUCACAUCUGGCCUUCUCUGAAGUCAAACAAGAAAGAGAAGCAGGCAGCAGCUCCAGUGACCAAGAAGGAGAUGAAAUCUGUUUCUUCAGAUUCAUCAGAGAAACUCAAACUGUCGUCGCUGCAGCCCCACCCCCCAUCAUCCCCUUCACACAGCGAGUCGAGGCGCAGUAAAGCCGAGCGCGGUCUUAAGCGGUGCUUGAAAAACAAACCCUGUGACAAGGCCCCCGCUGACCUCUCCGGAGUAAAAGACGGAGCUUCAGAAACGAGCACCCGGCCCGCCGCUGCCGUCACGCCGGCGGAGCCGCAGCCUCUGGAGCCCAGCACCAAGAGGCCCAUCGUACGGCUGCCCAAGACCACUAAAGGGGAAGAAAAGUCUGCAGCAGUGAACGGCGGUAAAACCACUAACAGUCGGAGUCCACAGACUCCACGCAAAGACAGAAACAGAGCGGAGGAACUCGUCAGCGCUCAGGAGGUCGGACCUGAAGAGUCCGCUGCCAACAAAGUCCAGCCGGUGGAAAAGAGAAACCAGGCAUUAGACGGAUCCGGAGCAAAAGCACAUGUUAAAGAGGAACAUUCAGCAGCUGCUGUGAGCACCAACCACUGCCUCAAACCCGCCUGCUUCAACAAAGAAGCAGACUCCGCCUCCAAAAAGCAGAGGGAGCGUACAAACUCUGAGGUGGAGGUGAAACCCGCCGAGCUGAAAUCGGAGCCGGGCCCGGUGAUCCAGCAGGCGACAGAGGCACUCCCGAGGCAGAACCAGGCGGCUGGUCUGAUCCCGAACAGCUGUGAUGGAGAAGAGAAGCGGGACCGGCCGAAGGAAGAGCCUCCUCUGGAAAUCAGUCCGCUGGAAGCUCCGGAGCCGAUGGUUAACCUGCAGUCUUUAAAGAACGACUCGUACGAGAAGGGCACCGAUCUGAUGGUGGUCAAUGUCUAUAUCAAAGGCGUUUGCAGGGACACUGCCAGAGUCAUCUUCAGAGAGCAGGACUUUACCCUCAUCUUCCAGACAAGUGACGUGAACUUUCUGCGUCUUCAUUCGGACUGCGGACCCAACUCUGUCUUCAAGUGGCAAGUCAAACUCAGGAACCUGAUCCAGCCCGAGCAGUGCACUUACUCCUUCACGCCGUCCCGACUGGACAUCACCCUGAAGAAGAGGCACAGCCAGCGCUGGGAGGGGCUCCUGGCUCCAACCUCACAAGGUGCAGUGGGUGGUGCUAAGGUGGCUGUGGCCUCCAGUCCCGCCUGCAUGGAUAAAAGCCAGCCCGGCAGCAGCCAGCACAGCCUCCCUGCCAAAGAGGAACCCCCGAGAGUCGGGGAGGAGACGCCCAAGGCCCCCAAGGCCUCCAACAGGGGAGUGGAGGGAGGAGCUCUGGAUAGCGUUGCUCCUCGCUCCGUCUCUGAGCACGUCGCCAUCACCAAGUCUGAGCCCGUGGUUACCACAGUGAGUGUGACGCCUAAGCCCACCUGCAUGGUCCAGCCCAUGACCCACAGCCUUCCCGCCAGCAUUGAGCGCCACGAAGAGGAGGAGGAGAAGAAGGUGUGCCUCCCUGGUUUCACGGGACUGGUCAACCUUGGCAACACAUGCUUCAUGAACAGCGUGAUCCAGUCCCUGUCGAACACCAGAGAACUCAGGGAUUACUUUCACGACCGAGGGUUUGAGGCCGAGAUCAACUGCAGCAACCCUUUGGGGACGGGAGGCAGGCUCGCCAUCGGCUUCGCCGUGCUGCUCAGGGCUCUGUGGAAAGGGACGCAUCACGCCUUCCAGCCUUCAAAGCUGAAGGCAAUCGUAGCCAGUAAAGCCAGUCAGUUCACGGGUUACGCUCAGCACGACGCGCAGGAGUUCAUGGCGUUCCUACUGGACGGACUGCACGAAGACCUGAACCGCAUCCAGAACAAACCAUACACGGAGACGGUGGACUCUGACGGACGGCUGGAUGAGGUGGUGGCAGAGGAGGCGUGGCAAAGGCACAAGAUGAGAAAUGACUCCUUCAUUGUGGACCUCUUCCAAGGCCAGUUUAAAUCCAAACUUGUGUGUCCCAUGUGUUCAAAGGUUUCCAUCACCUUUGACCCCUUCCUGUACCUGCCUGUGCCCCUUCCCCAAAAGCAAAAGGUGCUCUCUGUUUUCUUCUUCGCUAAGGAACCUCAUAAAAAGCCCAUCAAGUUUUUGGUGAGUGUGAGCAAAGAGAACUCCAGCACAGCCGAGGUGCUGGAAUCCAUCUCCAGGAGCGUGAGGGUCAAACCCGAGAACCUCAGAAUAGCAGAGGUGAGCAAGAACCGCUUCCAGCGCGUUUUCCUGCCGUCUCAGUCUUUAGACACCGUGUCGCCCUCAGACAUGUUGUUCUGCUUUGAGCUGCUCUCCAAAGAUCUCGCCAAAGAGAGGGUGCUGUUGAUCAAGGUGCACCAGAAACUUCAGGUUCCCAACAUUCCCAUCUCAAAGUGCGCCGCCUGCCUGAAGCCUCCGGUGUCUGAAGACGACAAGCUGAAGCGCUGCAUGCGCUGCUAUCGAGUGGGCUACUGUAAUCAAGUGUGUCAGAAGACGCACUGGCCCAGUCACAAGGGUCUGUGUCGACCCAACUCGGAGAAUGUGGGUCUGCCCUUCAUGGUCAGCGUGCCGGAGUCUCGGCUCUCCUACGCCAGGCUGGCCCAACUGCUGGAAGGUUACUCCAGGUUUUCAGUAAACGUGUUCCAGCCUCCUUUCCAGUCGGGCAGGACGUCUCCUGAGACUCCCCAGUCUCGGGUUGACCUGCCACCGAUGCCGGCGUGCUCUCCUGAGGCUGCUGGUUCUGGGGAUGAAGCCGUGGGCGGCAGCAGUUUGACGGGAGCGGGAGAUCUGGAGCCGGAUGGCAAAUCCCCGCCACCUCGGUCUCUGGCAGAACUCGCUCAGGCCUCUUCGAUCCACCCGGAGGUGUCGGACUCCCUGUCCUCCUCCCGGACUAAAGAUUCAGGCUUCUCAGAGUCCAUCUCCUCCACCUCCUGCUGUUCCCUCGACCCCCACGCUGAAAAGGAGACGUCCUGUGAGAAGACGGUGCGACCAGAAGCUGCAGUAACGGGGUAUCAGCAUUCGAGUGAAUCGGCGUCCGGUCACGCCAGUCAGUUCUACAUCGCACUGCUGGACUCCAACAACAAGGAGCAGAGGCUCGAUGAGAAAGAGGACGCCCUGGCAGAUCUCCCUGAAGACGCCACGGUGGAGCUGGUGUGGAAAAACAACGAGCGUCUCAAGGAGUACGUGCUGGUGAGCUCCAAGGAGCUGGAGUACGAGGAGGACCCGGGCUCGCUCAGCGAGACGGCUAGAGCGGGACACUUCACCCUGGAGCAGUGCCUGAACCUCUUCACCAAGCCGGAGGUGCUGGCGCCAGAGGAGGCCUGGUACUGUCCCAAAUGCCAGCAGCACCGUGAAGCUUCAAAGCAGCUGCUUCUGUGGCGUCUGCCCAACGUCCUGAUCAUCCAGCUCAAACGUUUCUCCUUCAGAAGCUUCAUCUGGAGGGACAAGAUCAACGACAUGGUCGACUUCCCUGUCAGAAAUUUAGAUUUGAGCAAGUUCUGUAUCGGCCAGAAGGACGACAUGCAGCAGCCCCCCAUCUACGACCUGUAUGCCGUCAUUAACCACUACGGAGGGAUGAUCGGAGGUCACUACACAGCUUACGCUCGACUGCCGAGCGACAAGAACAGCCAGCGCAGUGAUGUUGGCUGGCGGCUGUUUGAUGACAGCACUGUGACCAUGGUGGAGGAGAGCCAGGUGGUGACGCGGUACGCCUACGUCCUGUUCUACCGGCGCCGGAACUCCCCCGUGGAGCGGCCGCCACGCUUCCUCAGACCUGUUGGAGCCGAUUCACCGUCUGCUGCGGGAGCCGCUGCCAGCCAGGCCUCUCUAAUAUGGCGGGAACUGGAGGAGGAGGAAGAGGAGGGGCUUGACGAAGAGCCCCGCGGCCUGUUCCGCUCCGUGCUGAGGCGGCAAAGGAACAGAGCUGAGGACUCCCGGACGGAGGGCCCGGGGCGGCGGCAGCACAGGAAGCGGAUGUCGGACCAUCCCGACGACGACUGCGUGCGAUAUUUCCUUCUGGGCACGCUCGCCGCCGUGCUCGCCGUCUUCGUUAACCUGGUGUACCCUUUUCUUUUCAAGGCCAAGUGGAGCUGAGCACAAAGCUGUCUGGAGUUUGAAGAUCUCACUUCUUGACAGCCUGCAGCUCUUCUAGCGUUAGCACAAAAUCUGACUGAAGGAAGCUCAUUAUAAACAUUUCUAUUUUCAAAUUAGUUCAUAAGUCAAUGAAUUUACGCUCAAAAUGUAUUUGUUUAUUAUAAAAAAAAGUCACAAACAUGUCCACUACACACACGUACACAGUGAUGCUUGUGUGUGUGGUUAGUGGCACAUCAGAAAAGCACAAGAGAUGCAAUAUAUAGUUCACCAGUGGUGGCGCUGCAGAGCCUAACGGCCUUAAUUUACCUCUGGGUGUGUCUGAACCCCGAAACAAGUCCGUCCUCUUUUUGUUCUCAUCAGGGGUCAAAGGGGAGGAGACAGCAGCGAGAAAAGCUGAAUUUGACUCCGCCUCUAUAACAUAAACCACAAGUCGUUGAGUCAAAUGUAGGAAUGUAGACGAUGAAAAUUGUCUGGUACCUGCGUCAUGCAAAACACCUCAACCCUUAUGACCAGAGCUUUAGCUUCAGCGUUGACAUUCUUUCAGUUACCUCCACGUUAAGUGUUGCUGUAAAGACGCUUUUUACACUAAUCAGUAAUCACAUGCCGAAGGGUUACGACAUUUCUGGUGUUAAAGGGUUAAAGUCCUUGACAACGUGAAAUGUCACAAAAGGAAAUAAAACCAGAAGUUUAGCGUAAGAUCAGUUUUUAAGAGUUUUCUGUAAAAAUGUAGCUUCUGCAGGAAACAAUGAAAACAUCUGGUUUAUUUCAAGCAUAGAUUGGGGACAAAACAAAAUAAAAUCCUAGAUUAAUGGCAUAAAAGUACAUUUAUUUGUUGGUUUAUGUCUUUGGCUGUGAAAGAUUUAAUUUAAGUAAGUUUCAUUUAUAUAACAAAGCAUAAACACAAAAACUUCAGAAGGUAAGAAUUUAAAAGACAAACCUUUGCAGGUUAAAAACAUAGAAGAUAAAACCUCACAAGCUGAGAUGCAUAAAAAACAAGAGCAAAUACCACAUAAAACAAUCAUUACAAGCCACAUUAAAAACACAUUCAGUUAAAAUGCUUGGAAAAAUAAAAGGCUUUUAAAAGAGUGAACAGAGAACGGAGAGAGAGGGAGCUCAUUCCAGAACUCCAGAACUGUCAGCGAUAUAACACUCAGUCUUUGAACUAGUUUAAGUUUUCAACUCUUUAUGCAAUUAACUUCAUUACAACGAAUUCUGACGUAAAAAAAUAUUGUUAGAAUCAGCUCAUUUACGUUGAUUGCUUCAACACUACACUUGUUGCAAAUCAGUGCAAAGCUGCUCGUCUGAUUGAAUGACUGAAGAUUUGUCGACUGUGGAGCUAAAGCUCCAGAAAGGACACUUCAAUGCACCCACAGCUAAAAUAAACUUUCAAAAUGUUUGAAUUCUAGCCUUUUUUUCAAGAAAGUGAUCCUAGAAGAGAAAUCCGAUGGACUUUUAUCUAGUUAAACUAAAUGCUGGCCACCUCGUGGUCCUGCUGUUUACUCGUGUUUGCUGCUCCGCCCCUUUGUGAUCCCUACCUGUUAAAUUAAAAGCUUACAUGUUGGCUGAAACAUCACCAUGUGUGGCUCAGAGAAAGUUCUCAUCCAGCAGGAAGGAAGCGGUUUGUGUUUCCGGUUCCUGUUUGUCACGACCACUCUUUAUUGUUUUGCCUUAAAUCUGCAUUUUCCGUCCAGCUGUCAUCACCAGAGCUGCACACAAGCUCCAGAUGUUUGCCUCUUAAAGAUCCACUCCGAUCAUCCUCCAAUCUGUUUUCAAAUCAUUCAGUGGUUUUUAAUCAUGAUCAGGCUACAUGGUUUCUGCAGUUCAUUAGAACUUCACCUCUGAUUUGUGGGCGGGACUGUUGGCGCAGAGCAACCCCGCCCCCCUUCCUCUCCCUGUUGUGGAACAGGGACCUUAUAGCCCACCCAGCCUAUUUCUUUACAUCACAAUUCCACUGUUUUUCUAAUGACAUUUAAAUAAAGAAAUACUCAGAAAUGCAAUUCUAACAUUAAUUUUCUUCAUAAAAAGAUGUUAAAAACACCAGAAACAUCAUCAUGGGAGUGGGUCUUUAAGCAUUUUAAAGCCAUUAUAUGCAAACUGAUGUUUUGAAGUUUUGUCGAGGAAAUAUAAACAAUGACAAGUCUGUGUUUCUGAUGAAUUUGUUUCUGUAUUUUUGUGUUUCAUUGUAAUGUUUUGUUUUUUUUCCUUUUUGAAAUGAGAUUUUAUCCCCAGAAUGAUUCUUUUUCACAAGUUUAAAAGCUCGUCGAUGUAAUUUAUUUCCGUUCAGAUCAUUUGUAAAGUCUUGGCUCUCGUGAUGGAUUGUCAUGUGACCGUUUGGGAUCUCAGGGAAAUCUCUUCUGGUACAGAGGAAGUGUGAGCGGCCCGUCUUUGCCUUAAAUGUGUCCAACAACAGAGAGCACUUGUGUGUUGUGUGACUCGUCUCUGACUUAUGCAAUGAAGUUUAAAGAUGUAACCAUAGCAGCAGAGAGGUUUGAUGAAGAGAAUGAAGCGGAGAUGCUGCUAAACUGAAGGAGAACAUGUAUCAUCUGUGCAAUGUAAAUACUUCUGUUGUGCUUUCAUUUGUAGAUGCACAAAUACUGUAUUUAAGAACAAAUCUCUGGCAAUAAUUUCCGUCCACUUGAAUGCUGCUUUCAUAUCUAUAAAGAAGCAACAAUAAAAGUUCUUUAUGAGCUGAAA